AAAGGGGGGGGUCUCGGCGGCAGGAGGAGGAGUAGGUGCGGGUGAAGAUGGCGGCAGCCGAGGCCGCGAACUGCAUCAUGGAGAAUUUUGUAGCCACCUUGGCUAAUGGGAUGAGCCUCCAGCCGCCUCUUGAAGAAGUCUCCUGUGGCCAAGCAGAAAGCAGCGAGAAGCCCAACGCUGAGGACAUGACGUCCAAAGAUUACUACUUUGAUUCCUAUGCUCACUUCGGCAUUCACGAGGAGAUGCUGAAAGAUGAGGUACGCACCCUCACGUACCGAAACUCCAUGUUUCACAACCGGCACCUCUUCAAGGACAAGGUGGUGCUGGACGUGGGCUCGGGCACAGGGAUCCUCUGUAUGUUCGCUGCCAAGGCCGGAGCCCGCAAGGUCAUCGGGAUCGAGUGUUCCAGUAUCUCUGAUUAUGCGGUGAAGAUCGUCAAAGCCAACAAGUUAGACCACGUGGUGACCAUCAUCAAGGGGAAGGUGGAGGAGGUGGAGCUUCCGGUGGAGAAGGUUGACAUCAUUAUCAGCGAGUGGAUGGGCUACUGCCUUUUCUACGAGUCAAUGCUCAACACCGUUCUCUAUGCCCGAGACAAGUGGCUGGCACCCGAUGGCCUCAUCUUCCCAGACCGGGCCACGCUGUAUGUGACGGCCAUCGAAGACCGGCAGUACAAAGACUACAAGAUCCACUGGUGGGAGAACGUAUAUGGCUUUGACAUGUCUUGCAUCAAAGACGUGGCCAUCAAGGAGCCCCUGGUGGACGUGGUGGACCCCAAGCAGUUGGUCACCAACGCCUGCCUCAUAAAGGAGGUGGACAUCUACACUGUCAAGGUGGAAGACCUGACCUUCACCUCCCCCUUCUGCCUGCAAGUGAAGCGGAAUGACUACGUGCACGCGCUGGUGGCCUACUUCAACAUCGAGUUCACUCGCUGCCACAAGAGGACAGGCUUCUCCACCAGCCCCGAGUCCCCGUACACGCACUGGAAGCAGACCGUGUUCUACAUGGAGGACUACCUGACCGUGAAGACGGGCGAGGAGAUCUUUGGCACCAUUGGCAUGCGGCCCAAUGCCAAGAAUAAUCGCGACCUGGACUUCACCAUCGACCUGGACUUCAAGGGCCAGCUGUGCGAGCUGUCCUGCUCCACUGACUACCGGAUGCGCUGAGGCGGCGCCCGGCUUCUCCCACCCCGGCCGGGCCGGCCCUGCACGGGCCCAGGGGCUGCGGCAUCCUUAGGCAGUUUGGGGGCUCCCCCUUCCUCUCCUUCCCUCCCUCAGAAGGGGGUUUUAGGGGCCUGGGCUGGGAGGGGGGGGCACAUCGUGACUGUGUUUUUCAUAACUUAUGUUUUUAUAUGGUUGCAUUUACGCCAAUAAAUCCUCAGCUGGGACGGCUCGGCUUCCUGGGGGGCGGAGUGGGGUCUCUACCGUCCACACCCUCCACCGGGGUCACUUCCCCCGUCCGCCUCUCCGGGCCUGUGUCCUCCCCCAACCCCCUCACUCAUGCCCCCUGAGGCCCCAUUCCCACUUGUCCCCAUUGGGCAGGGCUCCCGCUCCACUGCCCUGCUGGGCUGGGGGAGGGUUGGGUGUGGGUUCCCAGCACAGCUGGGCCCUUAGGUUUCCCAGAAAGCCAUCUUCCCCCCGCCACCCCCCCAGCACACACAUUGUUCCUCUGGCUGUUUUUUCCUGUCUGGGACCCUCCAAGGCCAGGCCAGGGCUGACUGGCAGUGACUGCUGCCCUGCCUGCUGCUGCCGCUGGGGAAACUGAGUCAUGGGGGGGUUGUUAGGGGAUAGAACUUGUGGGGAGGGGGUGUCUGCUUCUCUCCCCAGCCUUGCUUGGAACUUAGAGUUGGGGGACAAGGGAAGGGUCCCCUCCUAGGGCCACAGGGCCUCCCUGCCUCCCCAGAGGCUAUCCCAACCUCAGCUCCCCAGGGCCCCUCUGUUCAGCCUCUGCUGCAGGCAUGGUAUCCACACCCGACCCUUCCCACGGCCUUGUGUACAGAGCCCUUCGUCCCCCAGGAUGCUGUCCCAGGACCUGGACCACCUAAGCCACCAGAAUUUUCCUUUUCAUGGCCCUGCUGACACCUGCUUCAGUACAGCUGAAGCCCUAGGCCCUGUGGGUCUUCGCACCUGUCUACACCUCUUCCCCUUCCAGGAUGGUGUCUGCAGGCUAUUCCGGGGCCCAGACUCCCUUUGUCCACACCCUGGGGUGGCUCUGCAACAUGCCCCGCAUUGUCCUGCCCACGAAGGAGCCUGGCCAUUCGAAGGCAGGGUCCCUGAUGGGUUGAGGUUGAAGUCCCAGAAGCCCAGCGCCUCCCUGCCCCCACCCCUUUCCUGGAAGCCCUAAGCUGUGUCACCACUAGCAGGUGUCAGCUGCCCCGCCCCUCUUCCCUCCUUAAAAGGUCAGAGCGCCGCUGCGUGACCAGCACACCCGUGUGGGGCUCCGACGCCAAGGAACAGGACGUGGGGAUCCAGGUUCUGUCUUCCCUUCUGGCGUGGUGUGGCCUGGACUCGGCCUCGGUUCCCCCCCCCCCCGCCCCCCCGGGGGAGUGGGGACUGGCACCGAAGCGGGAGUCGGGAGGGGGCGGGGCCGCACUCCAGACGGGCCGCUUCGCCCAGGGGUUUCGAGGACCACUCCCGGCCCCACCCCACGAUGACUUCCCACGUCCUCCUGUUGCUUCUCGCCUCCUCCAUCCUGGGGGACCCGGACUCUGCGGGCAGACGGCCCCUGCAUCAGGUCGCCCAGAACCGCAGGCGCCUCUGUUCCCUGGGCACAUGCCAGACGCACCGCCUGCCAGAGAUUAUAUACUGGCUCAGCUCUGCCUCCACCAAAGAGCUCUCAGGGAAGGCCGGCCGCGAGCCCCAGGACCCCCACAGCUACGGGCGCCGCCGUAAGCGCGACGCCAGAGUCCUGCUCCGUCUCUAUGACCCUGGCCCGAAGAAAAGAGGCCAGCGCAGUGCCCGGCUGGCUGGGUGACGUCGGGCACGUCCCUGUUCCUCCUCUGGCCUCAGCUUACCUACCUGUGUAUUGGGGCCACGAUCCCAAGUUUCUUUUGCCCUCCAUCUCCUGGGCUCACUCAGAAACUGUCUCCCCCCGGCUGUGACUGGGGCUGGACUCGGUGCACACCGGACCUAGCAUGUACAAAGAAUACUAUCGUCCAGAGCCUAAUAAAACGAGUUUCACGUUUCA